AUGGCGCCACACGCAGAAGACAGCGUCGGCCACGCGAAUGGGUUCGAUGUGAAGACAGCUCCCAAGGAUCUCUUUGUCGUCAAUUCUCCUAAUGUAGAGUACACCGAGGACACGAUCAAGUCAAAGUACACUUACCGUACCACCGACGUUACCAAAAACGCAGACGGUAAAUAUGUCGCCGUGCCCAAGGAAACUCUCUACGACUUCAAUGUGGACCGCAAGAUCCCCAAGACUGGUGUCAUGCUGGUUGGCUGGGGCGGCAACAAUGGAACCACUGUCACCGCCGGUAUCAUUGCUAACAAGCGGAACCUUGUCUGGGAGACCAAGGAGGGAAAGCGCGCCGCCAACUACUACGGUUCCGUCAUCAUGGGCUCUACCACCAAGCUCGGUGUCGACAGCAAGACUGGCCAGGAAAUCUUCAUCCCUUUCCAUGACCUGCUGCCUAUGGUCCACCCCAAUGAUCUUGUCGUCGGUGGUUGGGACAUCAGCGGCAUGAACCUUGCGGACGCCAUGGACCGUGCCAAGGUCUUGUCCCCCUCUUUGAAGACGCUUGUUCGUAAGGAGAUGGGCGCCAUGAAGCCCCUCCCUAGCAUUUACUACCCGGACUUCAUUGCUGCCAACCAGGAGGAGCGUGCCGACAACGUCCUUGAGGGCACCAAGGCUUCCAUGGCCCAUGUUGAGCAGAUCCGCAAGGACAUUCGUGACUUCAAGACUGCUAACAACCUUGACAAGGUGAUCGUACAGUGGACUGCCAACACUGAGCGUUACAGCGAGAUUCUUGAGGGCGUCAAUGACACUGCGGACAACCUGCUGAAGUCUAUUGAGGCUGGCCACGAAGAGGUCGCUCCCUCCACUGUCUUUGCCGUCGCUUCGAUUCUCGAGGGCGUCCCCUUCAUCAACGGCUCUCCUCAGAACACCUUCGUUCCUGGUGCUAUCCAGCUCGCCGAGAAGCACAAUGCCUUCAUUGGUGGUGAUGACUUCAAGUCUGGACAGACCAAGAUGAAGUCUGCUCUGGUCGACUUUAUGAUUAGCGCAGGUAUCAAGCUUACCUCGAUUGCCUCGUACAACCACCUGGGCAACAACGAUGGCAUGAACCUCAGCUCUCAGAAGCAGUUCCGUUCCAAGGAGAUUUCCAAGUCCAAUGUUGUCGACGACAUGGUCGCUGCAAACAAUGUCUUGUAUAAGGAGGGUGAACACCCCGACCACUGUGUCGUCAUCAAGUACAUGCCUGCUGUCGGAGAUGACAAGCGUGCUCUGGACGAGUACUAUGCUGAGAUCUUCCUCGACGGUCAUCAGACCAUUAGCUUGUUCAAUGUCUGCGAGGACUCCCUUCUGGCCUCUCCUUUGAUCAUUGAUUUGGUCCUUGUGGCUGAGAUGAUGACUCGUGUUCAGUGGAAGGCUCACAGUGCUGAGGGUAGCGAUGCCAAGUUCAACAACUUCCACAGCGUCCUCAGUGUCCUCAGCUACAUGCUCAAGGCUCCUCUCACCCCUCCGGGCACUCCUGUCGUCAAUGCUCUCGCCAAACAGCGAGCUGCUCUCACCAACAUCUUCCGUGCCUGUGUCGGACUUGAGCCGGAGAACGACAUGACCCUUGAGCACAAGCUCAUCUAGAGGGUAGGGGAGAUUGGCGAUUUGUGUCUGGUAACUUAACCGCACGCAUGCGACUUGCAGCUUCAUCAAAGCUCAUGUGGCUAUGAUCUGAUUUGACCAACUCUAUACUCUCUUUGAAGCAAUACAAAAUCCAUAACGGACACUUACAUAUA